UUCGUCUCUCUCUCUCUCUCUCUCUGCGCUCCCCCCCCCCCCCGGUCCCCGUCUCUGCGGCUCCUUCUUCUUCCUCUUCUUCGUCCUCUUGAAAAUGGACCAACAGCCCCCCAAUGACAAUCAGCUCAGCUCUUACUACCACCCUCACCAACACCACCAGUCCCCCGCCGCCGCCUCUCCCACCAAUGGCCUCCUCCCCGCUUCCUCCGCCGAGAUGGUGUACCCCCACUCUGCCCCCUCCGCUGCCGUCUCCGCCCCGCUGGAGCCACCCAAGAGGAAGAGGGGCCGGCCCCGGAAGUACGGGACUCCCGAGCAGGCCCUCGCCGCCAAGAAAGCUACCGCUUCGUCCCACAAGGAGAGGAAGGAGCAGCAGCAGCAGCAUGGGUUUGGUGGCAGCUCGUCUUCUCCUCCCUCUUCCUCCUACUCGGGCCCUUCUUCCCGGAAGUCCCCAUUGUCCAACCUAGGCAAUACUGGACAAGGUUUUACCCCGCAUGUCAUUACUGUAGCUGCUGGAGAAGACAUCGCCCAGAAGAUCAUGUUGUUCAUGCAGCAAAGUAAGCGCGAGAUUUGCAUUCUCUCUGCAUCCGGUUCAGUUUCUAGUGUCUCUCUUCGCCAGCCGGCUACAUCAGGAGGGAACGUCACCUACGAGGGUCAGUUCGAGAUUGUCACUCUAUCAGGAUCAUAUGUGCGUACUGACCUUGGAGGGAGAACGGGUGGAUUGAGCAUAUGUUUAUCUGAUAUAAUUGGCCAAGUUAUCGGCGGAGGCGUUGGUGGACCCUUAGUGGCUGGAGGCCCUGUUCAGGUCAUCAUUGGUUCAUUUUCAGUUGAUCCAAAGAAGGACACCAGCACCGCCGCAAGAGGCGACCCUUCAGGGAAGUCGCCUGCAGCUCCAAGUGGCGGAUUCCGAGCAGCAGGGAUUGAUUCAUCGAGCCCGAGUCCCUACAUCACUCAGUCUGGGACAAGAAUGUGACCAAUCUUCAUGACCCACUAAGAACCCGACAUGGAUAAAUCUCGUCAUUAGAAAGUGAUGACCUCAAAGGAGCAACUUCAAGAUUAGAGAUUUGGCUUUUCGGGAUUUGACAAAGCCGGCCUUCUCUUUUUGGUCCUUUGAUAUGUUUAGAGCUAUGGAUAACAGGUUCUUUUGCCGAAGGUACUCGUAAGCUUUCAAUUUCGACUCGUUUUGCUCCAUUGAAGGUAUAAAGUUUACUGUACAGAUCGACACUUCUCGGUGGUUCUGUUUUCUGUAUAAGUGAAUGAUGGUCUUGAGGUAUAUAGUUGAGGUUAAUCACAUGGUCGCGCCAUUGCUGAUAACUUAGUCAAUGUUGAUUUCGUCCCA